AUGUCAGAUAAUAAAGAUGAUGCAACAGCUGCUCGAUCAUUUCAUAAAAAACUUUGUGAUUUUGAGUUUCUAAUAACAUUAGUCACAGUUAGCAAAAUUAUGGCUAUAACUCAUCAAAUAUCAGUUAGCCUACAAAAACCUGAUAUUGAUUUAAGUUCUGCUAUUGGGCACAUAGAACUUGUACAAUCAGUCAUAACUGAUAUUAGAUCAAACGUUGAAAUUGAGUUUAAACACUUGUAUUUAAGUGCUCAAGCUAUCAGUUCUAAACUUCAUGUUGAACCAUCAAUACCUAGGAUUGUUGGUAUCCAAAGAUAUCGUCAUAAUUAUUCAACUAACUCUCCAGAUGUAUAUUAUAGAAUUAGUUUAUUCAUACCAUAUCUUGAUGAAUUAAACUCAUCAUUUGUCAACAGAUUUUCUAAACACAAAAAGACUCUUGUGAGCUUACAAAAUAUUAUACCAAUAAAUGCAAUUAAAUCAAAAUAUUAA